AGAGCUAGCAUCAUUGCUUUCAGUUCCAGCUCUAAAAUAACUCAUUUAUGAGAAUGUUUUAAGUUUAAAUCAACUAAGGGCAUCGACUGCAUCAAACAUCAUGUAAAAGCUGCUUACACAACACGGCUAAGGAAAAGGCUUGGCUCACAGUGCUUUGCAACCAUUUCCUGACUAUAAGAGACACAAGCUGAUCUGAAUACCACUAGUGUGGCAGAUCUGCACAGCUGUACACCCUGAAAAUCUGAGAGCUGAAAUGGAUGACAAUAAUUCUGACUGGACUUCUUAUGAUUUUGGGAAUGACACCAUUCCGUCACCAAAUGAAAUAUCACUGUCCCAUAUUGGUACCCGGCACUGGAUCACUCUGGUCUGCUACGGCAUUGUGUUCCUGCUGGGCGUCCCAGGUAAUGCUCUGGUUGUGUGGGUGACCGGGUUUCGGAUGCCAAACUCAGUGAACGCCCAGUGGUUUCUGAAUCUGGCUAUCGCGGAUCUAUUGUGCUGCUUGUCCCUUCCCAUCCUCAUGGUCCCACUGGCCCAGGACCAGCACUGGCCAUUCGGUGCAUUAGCCUGCAAGUUGUUCAGCGGCAUCUUCUACAUGAUGAUGUACUGCAGCGUUCUCCUCCUGGUCGUGAUCAGUUUAGACCGUUUCCUACUAGUGACCAAACCGGUGUGGUGCCAAAACAACAGGCAACCCCGACAAGCUCGCAUCCUAUGUUUCAUCAUCUGGAUCCUCGGGCUUUUAGGUAGUUCUCCUUAUUUCGCUCACAUGGAGAUACAACACCAUAGUGAGACUAAAACAGUGUGCACUGGCUCCUACAGCAGCUUGGGUCACGCAUGGGCGAUAACCAUCAUUCGCAGCUUUCUGUUUUUCCUGCUUCCCUUUUUAAUCAUCUGCAUCAGCCACUGGAAGGUCUACCACAUGACGAGUUCUGGACGAAGGCAAAGAGACAAGUCCAGCAGAACGCUGCGUGUGAUCCUGGCGCUGGUGCUCGGGUUUUUCUUAUGCUGGACUCCUCUACACAUUGUGGAUCUUCUGAUACUGGUGUCGGAUCAACCGUCGGAGAGGUUUGAGGUCAACUUGAAUCUGGCCCACGUGCUGACGCUGUGCUUGGCGUAUAUCAACAGCUGCCUGAACCCGCUGCUCUACGUGUGCCUCGGUCGCGGUUUCAAGGAGAAUCUGAUUAGCUCGCUGCGGAGCGUGCUUCACUUCGCAUCCGAGGCACCAACUCAUGGACCCAGCAUGACUACAAAUAGUAAGUCAACCACGGAUGGAGUGUUCAGAGAGAAGCCCGUAUGAAAUUGUUAGCCUGGAGAUGUGUAAAUCAUUUCUAGAUAUAUAAAAUGUAUUAUUUUAUGAAAAAAAUAUUAAUAAAAGUCACUAAUAGACAGUGUUGGGGAAAGUUACGUUUAAAAGUCAUUAAACUAAAUGCAUGACAUCAAUAGCCAGUAUUAGUUCAUGGGGAUCAUGUUAAAGCGAUAGGGUUGGGCGAUGUUGACCAAUUUGGCAUUGUACAAUGUCUAAAGUGAAACAUCGCAAUGGAUGAUGGUAUCUUCAGCGCAGGCAGUGGUGAAUUAAUUAUUUAUGAAUAAUUAAUUUAUAGCGAAUUCAUUAUCUGUAGCCUAGCGUUUCAACUACCUGACCCGCAUGGUCUUUGGUUUACCCAUAACCAAAUCAUAAAUCCGCAGGACUUUGGCAUGAAUAGACAGAGGGAUCUGUGUUUUAUAAUGGAAUUGACAAACCUGGUUGUUAAAAUAGGUGCACAACCAACAGUAUCUGAGGUUUUCGCUAAAAUUAUUAAGUAACGCCAGCGUGAACGUGGAUCGUUUUCAUUCUAGAAUGCCAUUUUAAAACGAAGUCCUCUAACUUAGUGUAAACAGGGCCUAAGUGUGUAUUUUUCACAAGUGGGUCGCUGCUGUGACAGACAGCAUGUCUAUCGGUCAUCGGCAAUGGAUGACCGCAUUGUCUAUCGACUAGGGAUGUAACGGUAUUAGAAUUUCACGGUACGGUAAUACCUCGGUAUGAAUGUCACGGUACGGUAUUUAUUGAAUAAUUUACAGGAAAAACAAAACUACAAAAAAUACUCCA